ACCCCCACGGCCGGGCGGCACUUCUUGGGAAGUUGACGGCUGGAAGCGGUGUUUGGAGCGGGGCGCUCCCGGUUUCUGCGGCAGGCCGGCCGGCCGGCCGGCCGCAGCCUCUCGGUGCCGUGGAGGUGGAAGCAGAAGGAAGACUGGGGCCCGGAGCAGCAGGAGCGGCGGCCUCUCGUUCUCUCGCCGGCGCUGAUGGAGGCGAGCCUGACGUGCGCCGUGUGCCUGUCGCUGUUGGAGGAGCCGGUGACGCUGCCGCUGUGCUCGCACAACUUCUGCCGGGGCUGCGUGGUAGAGUGCCUGGCCUCGGCUGAGGCCGCCCGCCUGCGGCAGCUGCAGCGGAGCCCGGGGCAGGCCCGUCUCGGCCGCGGGGCGCCGGGCCCGGGCCCGGGCCCGUCCUGCGGCCGGGUGCCGUGUCCGCUGUGCAGGAAGUUGUGCCCUCUGCCCCGCGGCGGCGUCGCCGCCCUGCCCGUCAACACCACCCUGGCGGAGAUAGUCAAGCUCUACCGGUCCGGCGCGGCGGGCGCCGCCACGGCCGGGGAGGCGGCGCUGGGGCCGAAGCCGGGGUCGGACCUGGUCUCCCCGCAGGCGUUCGGAGGAAGCUGCCAGAAACACCCGAGCCGGCCGGUGCAGCUCUACUGCCGCAUGUGCCGGCAGGCGGGGUGCGGGCAGUGCGUCUCCGAGGAGCAUCAGGGCAUCUUCCACUCUGUCAAUCUCAUAGACACGGUGUACCAGGAAGAGAAAUUAACCUUCUUUAGCACUCUGAAACAAAUGAGGAUAAUAAAUGAGAAGCUGGUGAAUGAGAUCUCAAAACGACCGACUCAUACAGAUAUGAUGCUGAAAAAUGAUACCGAGAUAAUUGAGCUGAAAUUUGGAGAAAUUUUCAAAACUCUAGAAAUGAAAAAAAAGCAAUUACUAGAAGAUCUUGAAAAUCAAAGAGUUAAAAAAGAGAAAGAAUUUCAGAUUUGGAAGAAAAUGAAAGAAACUCACAAGAAGACUAUUGAGAAUUUUUUGAAGGAUUGUGAAAAGCUUGUCCAUGAGUGUGAUCCUCAGUGUUUCCUGGAGGUGGCCUGUGGCUUGAAUACAAGAAUGAAAACUCAGCUUGAUGUGAUGAAUAUAGCAUCCAACUGGGAAAAACCACCAGUGUAUAUGCCAAAGACGAUAGAUAUCAAAUCUGUGGUUAAUGAAAUCUUAGCAUUGGAGUUAGCACCUGUUAAUGCAAGCAUUGUUCAAGAGCUACCUUAUGAAGGAAAUGAGAGCUCAACUCUAUUUAAAGAUACCUUAAAGCAGUGGCAGGACCAGAAGAAUAUGCCCGGCACGUUUCUUCCUGUAGCAGGACAGGAUGAAGCAGACGGUAGCAGGAUCCCCACUCGAUUUAUGUCAAUAUCAGAAAUGUCAGCAUUUCAAAAUAUGAGUCAUGAGGAGUUACGUUACAAAUACUAUAUGGAACUUCAGAAGCUCUCCAAUGUGUUUAAGACUCCAAAUUUCCCUGCAAAUAAAAAGUAUAAAUUUGUAACUGCUGACACCUCCAAGGAUAAGUCCUCAGGAACUUCUUCUAUGUCUUCACCUACCAAAGCAAAUAACACAGAUAAAAUAAAAAUGGGAAUUCUACGAAGAGCGGAUGGCUUUGACAAAAGAAGCUUUUCUGGAAGCAGUGCUCAUAGCAUUCCACCCACAAAUAUGAUUUUUUCUGAAACAAAUGGUGACUUAAAAUUAUUUCAUGAGGGAAGUGCGCAGGAAGUGUCUGCUCCAGCCUUGUCAGAAACCUCUCCAGACUUGUUAGGUAAAGAAAAAUUGCCAAGACAAGCAUCAGCAGGUACUGUUUCCAAUAAAAUUGACUCAAAUUCUAGCACUUCAUCAGACUUUAAGCCAGCAGCAACAGUGGCUGUUACUGUUUCAAAUUCAGAAUCUGUAGAUGUUUCAGCAGAGAGACCUUCAGGUGUACCUUUUACUUUCAAUGCAUCUAACAACUCAUUACCAAGAUUUAGUAAAGGUAGAGGUACAUUUUCCUUUAAAAAGCAAGACAAGAAAUGUGCUUUCCCUCAGUUUUAUUUAGGGAGAUGUGAUAAGCUGGAUAAAACCAAUAACCAGGAUAAUUAUGGUCCUGAAACCAAAAACGUAGUUUGUGAUGCUUCAACCAGUCCUAAUUUAGACUCAGCAGAAAGUGAGAAACCACACGUUUUGUUUCCCUUUGGCAAUUCAGAAGGCAGCUGGUUUGCAGGAUCAGAAGUCAGCAAUUCAUGUACGGUGUUACCAUUAUCAUCAUAUUUUAGCCAAACUGAGAUGCCAUCUGACAAAAAAAGAUUAUCUCAUGUGAGGGAAAAAACACCCUGUGCAAAGGAACCUGCAGGAUAUGGUACACAGAAACCACCUGUCGUAGGGCAACAAAAACCUCACACUUCAGAAUCCAGCACAACUGUAGCUUGCAGUACUUCAGAAACCAACACUGGAGCUGGGGUGAAUGGUGUCUCCAAGACGCCCCUUCCCACCAGUAAUUUUUCAUUUUCUUUUAAAACUAACUUUCCAUUGCCUUCACCAGUAUUUUCAUUUGGAGGCAUUGUCAGAAAUACCUCUGAUUUGCUGACUUCUUCCAUGUUUUUUUCUGGAAACGGAACAGAAAAAAUGGAUAAGGAGAAGAUGAAAUCUCCUGACAAAACACUUCUGAAUCUAGAGAAACCUGUAUCUUCAGAGUGUGCAGAGCCUGCUUUUCUUCAGGGUCAUUCAAAAUGUGAAGGCUCAUGUUUGCCUGUGAACUCAUCUGAAAACGCUGGAAGUGCAGAAACGCUUGGUGAUGGUAACACUCCUUAUCAGCCGUUAUGUUCAGGAGUCCUUCCCGCUGAAUGUGAGAAUGCAUCUUCCACUCAACUCAUUACAGCAACACAACAAGAAAAAAAGGAAAAAGAUGAAAAAACUAUUGCUGAAAACAACUGUGUGUGUCCUAGAAGGGAGGAUAAACCUGAGCCUGUACAGUUUCAGAAUACAGCUUGUUCUGGCACAUGCAGUGAUCCAUCUUUAGGAGGUUCUGUGCUUGCAGUAAGUGAGACAGGAAGAAUCCUAAAAGACAGCACUUCGGACACUUAAGAGCUAAGUCAAACAUCUGUCUCUACUGAUACCAGCCAUGCAUCAGAAUAUUUUUCUGUUGCUGAAGACAAAAUGUCUACUAGAAGAAAAUCACAUGUGAAGAAAGACUGGAAAGAAAAAGAAGCUGGAAUUCAAUAAAUACUACUUAAUACAUUUAAAAGGUGGGGAUACUUGUGAUUUUACAGCUGUUCUUCUCCCUGAUUCUUGCCAGUUGAGGUAUUUCUGUGUUGGAAAUGAAACUGCUUAUGAGCAGUACAAUGCAAUGAAGUGAUUUUUAUAGUAUACUCACAAACUGAAGAAACAACCAAAAUUUUCAUGUCCUGAUCAAGACCAAAGCAUAGCCAUAGAUGCUGCAUCUUCAAGAGCGCAAACCUUCUGGGGUAUGUUUCAGGGGUGGGGAACUGAGGUGUCCCAGAAAGCGGGUUGGGUGGAGCCUCAGUGGCAGGGGGCAGUAAAUUGUUGUCUGGGUACAGCAGCACUUGCACUUAAAUGGUAAGAGAACAGCCAAGACAUUCACCUCAUGGGCCGGGAGGGAGGAGAGCCACAACAAAAAGAAAGGAUAUUGAAGGCAUUACAGAAAAUUGUUUUGCCUAUCUCCCCUUGGCUGUUCCCUUUUUCUGUGAUGUGUUUAAUGUAUAUUGAAGGUGUAAGUUCUAGUGUAAUUUCAAUAAUUUGUUUUGUGCUUUUGAAAUGGAAGCAUUGCAUCAGUGUUCUUGUUAAACAUUGCAGAAGGGUGUCAGCUACACUUCUGAAAUCCUGCCUUCAGGAAAAAGAAACAUCACAAUAAAAUUUCAGCUCUUUCUGGCAACAGUUUGGGAAUACUUGGACAGAUAUUAACUUGCUGUAUAAGUGAAAACUUUUGGAGAAUCUAGCUUUUAAAACACAAAAAUUCUCUUCUAAAAUCUGUGUAACGACAAGACAAAAGGAAAACAGUAGUUCUCACUGUAUGUAUUAAUGAUUUAGAACUCAUGGAAAUUUUAGUCCAUGAAAAUCAAUACAAAGGGUAAAAAGACCAUCAUUUCUACUUUGCUGGCUAUUUUGUUGGAUCCAAGAGAUAAUUGUGCUUUAGUUAUUGGAAUACACAGACAGUAGUACUGUUUCAGAAUAAAGCUGUAUUUUGUUUCCUGUUCAUGCUUCAGCAAAAGCUGAUGCUAGAUUUUAAAGAAAUUCUGUAUUAGAUAGAUACGUCAACUGGCAAGUACUAAAUCAAAAUGCAGAAUAUUUGAUAUUCCUUCAAAAGUUUUCACUGGCAAGCAGAAAAGUCAAUAAUCUGCAAAUUACCUCUGUAACUCUGUAAGAAAAAUAUUACUUAAAUUUAAAUCUCUGCAAUACUUACUAAUAUACUUACUGUGACAUAAUACUUAGGGAAACUUGUUUCAGGAAAUGUUGACCUAAUUUUGUGUUCAGUUCUUGGCCUCAAUUUUCUUGUGGCAGUUUCCUUUAUUAAAUGUGCUGAAAAAAUAGUUUCUAGUAUUUAUAACAAUAAUACUACUUUUCUGUCUGCAUUACAAUAAGGAAGGUAGUGAAAAUUCUCUUUAUGGUUAGUCUUUUAGUUCUUGAUGCUUGUCUCUUAAAUCUUACUGUAUUUCAGUUUUCUCCUAUGAUUUUCUUCUGCUGUUAUCUCUAUACAUUCUUGUCAUGUUCUGCAUGUGUAGGAGAGAAAUGUUAAUUCAAAUCACUGAGGUAACAAAGGCUGAGCGAGAUGAUAAUGGCAGAAAGUGUCACAGGUGGAGGUUGGUCUCACUAAUAAAAGCAAGAGUAAUGGAACAAUUUUAGAGUCAGAUGAGGCACCUGUGAAAUUCAUUGCCAGAAAGUUGCAGAGAAUUUUUUUUCUUCUACAGUGACAAUAAAAUUCUUAAUGAGCUAGGGUUAAUCAGAAGCCGUAGAAGUUUCUGUAGCUUACAUAUUUUCAACCUGUCUUCUGUUCAUUUCUGUUAUUUCAGGAGAGUUUGAUAAACUUUCAUGCAGAUGCUUUGUCUCUUAGUGAGAAGACACCAUCAUAGAAUCAUAAAGCAAAUAGACUACUAUACGCUAUUUUUGAAAGUAGAAGUUGUGGGUGUGGGGGUUCGCUACAGUCCUAGGACUGCUUUUCAAGCAUUGUUGUCCAAGUGCCUUAUAGCUCAGCAUUAAGGUUUGACAGGGCAGGCGAGAUUCACACAGAAAUCCCCAACAACAGAGACGCUCGCCCAUUCCCUUGGCUGCACUAGGCUGACCCAGAAGGGAGCCCUUCCCCUGUUCCCUGAAAAUAAUGUGAGGUACAGAACAACCUCAGGGUCCUAGGCAGGCCUCCUCCUGACUACUGUAAAAAUUAACCCUGUCCUGGCUGGAAGCAGGACAGUGGUCUUGGAUGAAGACUAGAGCUGAUUCAAAGAAAUGGGGUUCAGAGUUGUCCUUAAUGCACGUUUUACUUAUUAUCCAUAGAGAAUAACUUACACCACUAUCUUGGUCAUCAUCAUAAAAUUCUGUGUGGUGAUGAGGACUGUAGUCAAAGCCUCCCUUUCUUAGGUUAUCUAAACUUAGGUAUGUGUGUGUAUAUAUUUUCAGAUUACAGGUAAACAAAAGGGCAGUGUUAAACUCUGAAGUGUUUGUUUGAAAAUACUGCUGAGAACUUUGCCCUUCCCAGAAAAAAGACCAACAAAACAACAAAAAAAAAAUCCAGAAAAAAACCCAAAAAAAGGAAAUUACAUAUUUUACUAAACUCAGUAAUUUGUAUUACACAGUUCUGGAUCUUCCUGACUCCUUAAGAUACAAGAGGUGAAAAAUGAAGCAAUUCUACAUAUGGUUGGAACAUUAUAUUAAUCAAACUUUGCUGUACUGGUAUAAAGCCCUCUAUAUAUUUCAGAUUUUGUAAACUAAAUUUCUGGGCCACUUUAAAAGCUUUUAUAGUGGUUCAUGAAGAUACUACUUCAUGAUUUAAUAGAAACCUUGGAAAACAGUUACAACAAUUUGUUUGAUUAUAAUUGCCAAAGUACUUGCUGAACAUACUUCCCAAAGGAGCUGAAAGUUUCUAGUGCUGUCCUGCUGAGAGGCUAACCUUGCUAGCUGUCAGAACUGCAAUGUUUGUUCAAUAUAUAUCUGAGAGCUAUAGUAACAUGUAUGCCACUGCCUGAAAAAAAAGUGCAACUGAAAGGUAAAGUACAAUUACUCAGUUUUGUAACUAUUAAAAAAAUUAAAAUUUAUUAAAAACAAUUGUUUAGUUGACAUUAGAGCUGUUAAAAUGUCAAUUUGUAAAGGUGAACUUCCUAAAGUAAACUUUGCAUUAUUUUGUAUUAUUGAUUUGUUGUUUAUUGUAUUAUUGGUUAUUAACUAAAGCUUUAUUCUGAAAUUAUAUUUGGUAACUCAGGUCUAGUAACUUUCUAAUUCAAAGACUGCUGAUCUGUGUGGUAAGAGUAUUAUGUACUGCUUGCUUUGGUUGGUUUUUGUUCUUUGGGUAACACACUUAGUUUCUCUAUAUAGUCUCCUUCCACCUGUUUAAAUGCCAGUAGAACAUUCUCAUUUGGAUUAUCACACAGUUCACUCUGACUUGUUCUGGUUAAAAAAAAAAAAGGCAUUGUUCCAUUUUAACUUGCUUUUAAAAAUGAAGUAUAUAUUCUAAAAAGCACAAGUUUAUCAUACCAAAUAGAUUUAAUGAGGAAUUAAAAAUCCUUGAGUGUGUA